GUUCUCGAAGAGCGAUUAUAGGUGCUGGGAAAACAUGGCAGCUUCCUCUUGUUGAUUUUAGUACUGUAUACUAGUGGGGGAUUAAAUACCCUUCUAGCGCCACUACAGCCAUCGGAUUUUAUACAUCAAGGAAAGAGAACAAUAAUAUGGAGAAGACUGGAAGUAUCGACAGUUUGGGCUCCAAGCAAUCCUCUUCUCGACAUCCGAGUGUUGAUUCAUUGUCCAGUUCUGAGCGUUCGGCCCACGUUAAACCUUCCUCUGCCAUGUUGUCUGAGAUGGCCACCUCAGCAGAGUUUUCCCCAGAAAUCAGGGUCAAGACCAAAACGCAUGCAAAGCAGAUUUUUAGAGAUUCUGAUAAAGAGGAACCACAGUUACUUCCAAAUGAAGUUGUGCAAGAUAUGGCUCAAGACGUCACCUACUUCUGUCCUUUCACCGGAGCACUGCGUGGAAUAGUGACAGUUAGCAACUACAGACUUUUCUUCAAAUGCAUGGACAGGGAGCCGUCUUUUGUGCUAGAUUUGCCCCUCGGGGUUGUGAGUCGUGUGGAGAAGAUUGGGGGUGCGUCAAGCCGCGGUGAUGUGUCCUAUGGCCUAGUUUGCAAGGAUAUGCGUAAUCUGCGAUUUGCGCACAAACAAAUGGACGACACUCUCAAGAAGUCAGUUUUCGAAGUGUUGAUUAAAUUUGCCUUUCCUGUCUCCAAUGGACUGCAAAUAUUUGCCUUCGAGUACGGACAAGUGUUUCCUGAGAAUGGAUGGAAGGUGUACGACGCAGUCUCUGAAUACAAAAGACAGGGCAUUCCUAAUGAAAGUUGGAGGAUUACAAAGGUAAAUGAUCACUACGAACUGUGCGACACCUACCCAUCCACAAUGGCAGUUCCAGUCAACAUUCCAGAUGAAGAGCUAAAGAGAGUAGCAGGCUUCCGGGCGAAGGGAAGGAUACCUGUGUUGUCCUGGAUCCAUCCAGAAAGCCAGGCCACCGUGACACGUUGCAGUCAGCCCAUGGUCGGGGUGAACGGGAAACGGAGCAAAGAGGAUGAAAAAUACCUGCAGGCAAUCAUGGAUGCCAACGCCCAGUCACAUAAACUCUUCAUUUUUGAUGCCAGGCCCAGUGUUAAUGCUGCCGCUAACAAGAUGAAAGGCGGCGGAUAUGAAAGCGAGGAUGCUUAUCAAAAUGCUGAAUUGGUGUUCUUGGAUAUUCACAACAUCCACGUAAUGAGAGAGUCGCUCCGCAAGCUGAAGGAUAUCGUCUACCCUAACAUUGAGGAUUCACACUGGCUUUCAAAUCUGGAGUCUACUCACUGGCUUGAGCACAUCAAGUUGAUCCUGGCAGGAGCGUUGCGCAUUGCAGACAAGGUGGAGUCUGGUAAAACGUCGGUGGUCGUGCACUGCAGCGAUGGCUGGGACCGCACAGCGCAGCUCACUUCACUGGCCAUGCUCAUGCUGGACGGUUAUUUCCGUACCAUUUGUGGCUUCCAGGUGUUGCUAGAGAAAGAAUGGCUGAGCUUCGGGCACCGUUUUCAGCUGCGUAUCGGCCAUGGCGAUAAGAACCACACAGAUGCAGAUCGCUCACCUGUUUUUAUUCAGUUUGUCGACUGUGUGUGGCAGUUGACCCGCCAGUUUCCUGCAGCUUUCGAGUUCAACGAAUUCUUCCUGGUGACCAUCUUGGACCAUCUGUACAGCUGCUUGUUUGGGACAUUUCUGUGUAAUAGCGAACAGCAGAGGCUGAAAGAAGAGAUUCCAAAGAGGACAGUAUCCUUGUGGUCGUACAUUAAUAGCCAGUUGGAGGAGUUUACCAAUCCUUUAUACGUCAACUUCUCCAAUCAUGUGCUGUUCCCCGUCGUCAGCCUCCGCCACCUGGAGCUCUGGGUUGGCUACUACAUACGUUGGAACCCUCGUAUGAGGCCUCAGGAACCUGUUCAUCAGCGCCACAAGGAACUGCUGGCAAAACGUGCUGAGCUGCAGAAAAGAGUGGACGAGCUGCAGAGAGAGGUGACAAGUCGCUCAGCGUCCUCUUCCUCUGAGCGGGCGGGCUCUCCAACACGGUCCAUCACCCCAGUCCAGACCUUUGUUUGAUUUAACCCUACUGGUGUACAUUUGUCACUCGGAUACAGCGUGCUCGGUCUCUUGGCGACACAAACUCUGCUAAACAUCUGAAUAAUCAAGCAUCGUGUCUGCUCGGAACAGACUCAUGAGAAUUCUAAACACCGUUUAUUCCAACGACUGACCGCCAAAUCAGUAUUUUUAUCUUUGGGCCUCCUAAAAUGUUAUCCUGCUAAGAUAUUUAUGUCCUACACACUACAUGAGAAAAUGUAAUUCUACUAUUCCGAAAACAAUACAUCUCAAGAUGGUGUGAAGGAAUUCACUGGCAAAAUAGUUAAUUUGACACAAAAAGUCCAGUUUUGUGUUAUAAAAAGUCAUUGUUUGUUUAUCACACCUGUACUUUUAGAUUGUGACCAACAUUAUUUGUCUUUAUUAUUUGUGUGCCAUUCAAGGCAUUCGUUUAGUUGACAUGGUCAACAUUAUUUAUUAUCGCGUAAUCUUGAUAUUUUCAGUUUUAGAUAUGAUUUGCUUAUUCCCAGACAACAUGCAACUGGGGCCAUUUACUCACGAUUUAGCUGUCAAUAUACUGUACAUUAUAAUGAUAUUAAGAACAAUGUAGCUGCCAGGAUACAUAAUCAUGAUAUUCAGUGUCUAAUAUUGCUAAUUUGUAUCAACAUCCAAUUUAGAUAAUAUGGAAGAUUAUGUGCCUUGUCCAGAACAGCUCAAACUAUUAACUACAUACUAUUGGGACUCCAUGCCAUAAGGAAACCUACAAUCAAAAAAAAUAUUUUAGCUGUGAGUGUGUCUAAUGGUAAUGAAACCCGAAGGACAUUUGUGUUAAUAAUCUCAGGUUGUGCCUUUCUCCCAUAAUAAAUUGCAAAUACUUACAAAGAUUACCUUGGUCCUGUUAAGGUUUUUAUUUUUAAAGCAUGUUCUUUGAGGCAUUAGUUUUCUUUUACUAUAUUAACAGAUUUUAUGUUUUGUUGUAUUCUAUAUUGUAGCAAGAUAGGGCUUGUAGAUGGCAGGAAAGCACUUCUGAAAAUGUUUGCUGUAACUAAGAAUUUUUUUUAAAUUGUAUUAAAAAAUUGCUUAUUCUGUUGUCAUGUUUUUUAUUUAAAAAAAAAAAAUAAUAAUAGCAGUGCUAUCGUACAAUGUGAGCCAGGUAGCAUUCAUCUUUGGAGAAGCAAGAU